AUGCCGCAGCUCCAUCUCCUCCUGUGGCUUUGUAUGUGGUCAGCCAGAGUCAGAGCCGAAGAAGAUGAGCGUGACCUUGCCUUCAAACUUCUUUCUGACAUGGGCGCCAGGGACAACGACACGGAACUGAUCGUAGAGGUUGAGGAUGGAAGAGUGGUGCGCAUUUGGGCCCCACUAAAGCAGCUGAAGGGCAGCAUCCCGGUUGAGCUUGGCAACCUCACUGCUUUGCGGGUCCUGAACCUCCGUGAAAACCAGCUCACUGGUGAGAUUCCUACUCAGAUCGGCAGCCUGGUGCACCUCAGAAACCUCUUCCUCUCUGACAACAACCUUGCUGGCCACAUUCCCAGCGAGAUGGGCCACAUGGCAAGCCUCACGCUUCUCGACCUGAGUCACAACAAGCUCACUGGCCGGAUCCCGCCUGAAGUGGGAAACAUGACCGACCUCGUCACGCUUCAUUUGAGUGGCAACAGGCUCACCGGCCCGAUCCCGAUGACAAUCAGCCGUCUCAUUUCCUUGCAGUACUUGCGACUUUCUGACAACAACCUUACCGGCCCGAUCCCGCCCGUCAUUGGCCGGCUGACUGCUUUGCAGGAGCUGUUACUGACGCACAACCAGCUUGCUGGGCCUAUUCCCAGCGAGAUCGGUGACGUGGUAAGCCUCAGACACCUCCGCUUGUCUGGCAACAAGCUCGCCGGGUGGAUCCCGCCUGAAGUGGGGAAGAUGACCAACCUCCUCACGCUGGGUUUAGCCAGGAACAAGCUCAGUGGCCCGAUCCCGCGGACAAUAGGCCGCCUCACGGCCUUGGCGUAUUUGAACCUGGAUGAAAACCAGCUUGCCGGCCAAUUCCCGCGUGAGAUUGCUGAACAGCUUCCCAAGCUUGAAAUAGUCACGCUUCAUCAGAAUUUCCUGGAGGGCCAAUUCCCUAGCCACUGGGGUAGUGCAGCAAGAUUGAUGGUGCUGACCCUGCAUGAGAACCGGUUUCGGGGAUCGCUGCCCAGACUGCAGAACAUGACCAGGCUGAGAUUCCUCACACUGCAUGGUAACCAUUUCUCUGGGACCGUGCCCAGACUCGACUUACCCAAAACCGCGAAGGCCACCCUGCACAGUAACCGCUUCAGCUGCCAACUGCCGGCAAGCCUGGGGCUCGAGGGCGUGCGUGCCACUGUCGUAAUGGGCAAUAUGGUUGGCAUAGGAGAUAACAUCGCUGCAGACUGGGUGAGCCCGACGGAAGUGCAGGAUUUCUUAUAUGUCUCAAGCACGAUCUGGUGGGGAAAUGUCCUUGUGUUGGCAGGCUUGCCGGUCGCAUUCCUGGUUGUAGGGGUGAUCUACCGCCAAUCGCGGCAAGCUACAGCUGGAAGUACAGAGGUGCUUGCUCCUGACAUUCAUGCCUCGUGGAUGCAGAGCCUGCGGCUUUCGCUGUGGAUUGCAGGGCUCUGCGCCCCACUGCUGCCAGCUUACCUCCACGGCGCACGGUACUACGAGUGUGGCCAGCCGCUUGCGUGGAGCACAGCGGCCUACUUGGAUGAGUCGCCUCUAACAGAGCUCUUCGUGGUUUUAGUCUGGAGCUUCACCACUCUCUUCUUCUCUGCAUCGGUCGCUGUUCUGCCGAAACCACGUGAGGCCCUCAGAGGAUCACCAAACAGGUCCUGGCAUGUCAGACGACAGCUUGCAUGGCUCCUUUGGAUCGUACCCGUCACGAUGGUCUCGCUACCUUCCAUCCUCUAUGUUGUGGCACAGGCCCUCCCGAAGGACAACACCCUGGUGCCCGACUCUGUCCUUGAGAUGGCGCACCACACGGCCCCCGCGCUAGUUGUCGCCUUCGACAUGCUGCUAGCAGCACCGCUCUCCAUCCGGUAUGGAGGUGUAUCUGGGAUCCCAGCGGACAGACUUCUGAUGGCGCUGAGGUCGUGCGCGGCAUGGCUCCUUCCGCUGCUCGCGGCACUCACUUUGCAGGAAAACUGCCUGGCAGGGUGGAAGACGUGGUGGACAGCCUGCGAUCCGAAAUCUAGGAUGAACGCUGAAUUCAAUUGGGCGCUCUCAAGUGGCGUCGUGGUCCUGAAUACCACGACAGACAUGUGUAGAGCAGAUCGUCGGAAUCUCUGGGAAGGCUCUUGCAGCAGAUCGGUAAUCCAAGCUUUAUCACCUCUAAUCCUGAGGAAGCUGUUGAUUCGGAUUACCCUGCAGCCCCUUGUGGUGGUCGUGGCUUGGCAAGCAUCCAAGCUGGAGGAUCAGCGGACCCUCGACGAAGGUGGCAGACAGCUGCGGCUGCUCGGCAGGAAGGCCAGUGGAUCCCUGGCAUCGAUGCAGCAGCAUGCGUAUUUCACUACCUUACUGGAAACUGCCAUUAUUUGGGGUCCGCUGGUUCCCCUGGUCAGCUUGGGCGUGGUUGCUGCGUUCUUGAGCAGCACGAUGCUACUUGAGAUUGGCCUGAGCUUUGGCGUCCAGCUGCCCACAGACGCAACCAACAAGGGGGCUGGACUGUCGCGCUCCUUUCUGCGACUUGCUUUGGCCACUAGCUGUUCUUUGCAGUUUUGGCAUGCCUUCAGCACUUCCAUGGCUGGGCGUACGAUUCUCCUGCUGAGCGCCAUGUUGGCAGCUGCUGUCAGCGCCUGGGGUCUCCCGCACGCCCUGCAGCCGCCUAGGAGGGAGGCAGACGAGCAAGAAAUGACGGAGAUGGAAGGGGCCAGUGCUGAAUUCCCGCCGCAGCGCAUCUCGUCACAGAGUGUGUCGUGA